AUGCCCCGGCCUCCGCUGGCUGUACUGGUGGUGACCUUGACCCUGGUGCCCCUCGUGUGCGCUGUCGGCGUGGCAGGCAGCGCCAUGGUGGUCCUGGUGGUGCUCCGGAGCCGCCAAAUGGUCACACCCACCAACUGUUAUUUGGUGAGCCUGGCUGCCGCUGACCUGCUGGUGCUCCUGGCGGCGGGAGUGCCCACCAUAGCGGAGGGGGCGUCCACCCGGGUUUGGAUCUUCGGCCACGCAGGCUGCCUGGGCAUCACCUACCUGCAGUACGUGGGCAUCAACGCGUCCACAGGCUCCAUCACCGCGUUCACCGUGGAGCGCUACCUCGCCAUCUGCCACCCGCUGCGCGCCCAAACUCUGUGCACGGUGGCAAGGGCCAAGCGCAUCGCCGCAUCGGUGUGGCUGGGCAUCAGCGCCUACUGCGUCCUCUGGCUCUUCCUGGUGGACACAAGCGAGACGGCGUACGCCGACGGCGUGCAGGUGCAGUGUGGCUACCGCGUGUCACGCUCUCUAUACCUGCCCAUCUACUUCCUGGACUUUGCGCUCUUCUAUGCGCUGCCCUUGGGCCUGGCCACCGCGUUCUACCUGCUCAUAGCGCGCAUCCUCUUUGUGGGGCCGCUGCCGUCUGAAGACCGGGGACACUCGGGCUCAGCGCACCAGGGUCGCCCCUCUGGCCACCAGCGCUACUCCUCCAGGGGCAAGAGAGGCGCCCUCAACUCCCGGAAGCAGGUCACCAAGAUGCUGGCUGUGUUGGUGCUGGUUUUCGCUCUGCUGUGGCUGCCUUACCGCACCCUGGUGGUGGUGAAUUCCUUCCUGAGCCCGCCCUACCUCAGCCCUGGCUUCCUGCUCUUCUGCCGCCUUUGCGUCUACCUGAACAGCGCAGUCAACCCCGUCAUCUACGCCCUUAUGUCCCAGCGCUUCUGGGAGGCCUUCCACAGUCUGUUUCAGUGCCAGCGGGCCGGUCCCCAGCUCCCGCCCCAGGAGGCCACCCCUGUGUACUACAGUGUCAUCAAAGAUUGUUCCCAGAUCAGGCCGGGCUCUUAG